GGCCCGCACUGGGUAACAGUGGCUGCCGUCAGAAUGCCAGCCGGGCUGCCGCAGAAGCCACCAGGGAGCAGGUUUCUUUGUUGGCCGCGGAGUGACUGAUUCCCAUUAGUCUCCCGCACUGGCCCUUGCCGUCUCCACUUCCUGUCUUUGCAUAUUUCUCUGUCUCCCCUCCCCCUCUUUCCAGCUUUUUUUUUUUUUUAAGAGGGGGGAAAAGAGCUGCAUCUGGCUAAGCUAAGAGAUCAGAAGAACUGAAGGCGUCCAGUGAGCUCCCACAGCUGGAAUCUACAGCUGCUUUCUUCCAGCGCAGGGCGGCAGCCUAGCAGGAGAUGUCACUAGCAAAGUGCCCAGAGGUUUCCCAACUGCACACUGUUUUUUUCUGAUGGGAGUACAAAUAGUUCUUAAGCUUGAAUGAAGAGUUCCGACUGAAGAAUGAAAGAAUACAGGAUGCCCUGCUUGACGACAAUGAAUAUGGUCAGGAAUUAGGCAAUUCAGAAACUACUUGGUUUAACAAGGAGGUUUUCAGAUUUAGAGAGAGCAGAAAUGACCAUGACUGCCAACAAGAAUGCCAAUGUCACCAGGAGAGCUGGAGGAAGUAAAGUGGCUCGGGAUACUCUGGAUCGAUGCCAAUCAGUCUCUCCACCACCUCUUCUGUAUCAGCCAAGAAGCCCGACAUAUCCCCUCAGUGACAGUGAGGAUUCCUGCCGCUCCAGCAGUUUCACCAAAGUUUCCAAUUCCAGAGUCCUCCUCAAGGAUCGGACUAACUGGGGAAUUACCUUGAGAAGCACUUCCACUUCCCCCUCAGACACUGAAUCUCCAAACCACCCCCUCAAAGCUGUCAGCAUUGGAUGCUUGGACAAAAGGCUCUCCAUUUUCCAGACUGAAGACCAAAAGGAGGCUCCCAAGGAAGCUGAAGAUGGGGAGGCAGUAGACAAUCGUCAGCUUACACGGAGCACUCUCUCCUUGGGAACUGCAACUAACCUGAGGAACCUUUCCCUCAGCAGAGUCAGUGUCCACUCCCAAGCACUAGAUAUCAGGCAAAAGAUAUCGGAAUGGGAGUGCCGCAAAGAACCUUCCCCUAGAAUGAGCGUAUGCUUGGACAAGAGGGAUGUUGGGGAUAGAUCAGGCAGUGAGGGCUGCCCUAGUAUGCUGCCUUCUCCCUGCAGUGAAAAGACCUUUGAAUACAAAGGGUUCCGAAGGAUGAGCCGAACGAUUUCUGAAUGCUCCUACCCAGAAACAGAGGAGGAGGAGUUCCUGGACAGAGAUUCCUGCCACAGGUUUGAAAAGAGGCCAAGCAGAAGUGAAUCUUCAAAUGCUUUCCUCAAAGGACAUGCCAGAAAAGAGAGUUCUGCUGUGCUAAACAGAAUUCAGAAAAUUGAACAGGCAUUAAAAGAACAGCCUGGCAGGGGUCUUCCUCAGUUGCCAAGUAGCUGCUAUAGUGUUGACAGAGGAAGAAAAAAGUCUGUGACUUUGGGUAUUCCCGAGGGCUUAACUGAGAAUGCAACUGAUAGCAAAGCAGGGAAUGUUACUUGUGGGAGUAAUCCAGAGACUCCAGCUGAGACUGAGAAAACUGGUAAAACACAACAAGGACUUAAUGCUACUAUUAGUUCUGUUAGUCCUAAGCUGCUUCCUGAGAGCCUGGUUAACACAGCGGUAAACCCUGUGCCCAAGCCCAAACGCACCUUUGAGUACGAAGCUGACAAGAAUCAUAAAAGUAAACCAAGCAAUGGUCUACCUCCUUCACCUAUGACUGCUGUUCCUCCCCCUCUCCCAUCAACCCCUGCGCCUCCUGUCACCAGGAGACAGAAAAAAGAGUCACGCUUUCACAGAAAAUCCCAAAAUAGAAAAUCCUUUGAGUUUGAAGAUGCUUCAAGCCUCCAGUCCUUGUACCCUACCUCCCCAAGUGAGAAUGGUACUGAAAGCCAGCACAAGUCUGGAUCUAAAAGCACUUUAGAAGAGAAUGCCUAUGAAGACAUUGUAGGAGAUUCACCCAAGGAAAAUCCGUAUGAGGAUGUGGAACUGAAAGCCCGUCAUGCAGGCCGAAAAUCCCAGCAGUUCUCUGAGAGUUCCCUAGAAUCUUUGCACAGGAUGUGGAAUCCGCAGGACAGGAAGUACACGACACCUCCGCAGCUACCUUCAAAGCCCAGCAGCCAGUCCUUAAGAAUUGGAAACUGGUCAGAAAGGAAAAGCCAUCGCCUGCCACGAUUACCCAAGAGGCACAGUCAUGAUGACAUGCUGCUGCUGGCUCAGCUGGGCAUCCCCUCCUCUCCAUCCAGCCUGAAUGAGGACAGUCUGAGUACUACAAGUGAACUUCUGUCUACACGCAGGGCCAGGAGAGUUCCAAAGCUUGUACAAAGGAUCAAUUCUAUCUAUAGUGCAAAAAGAGGGAAAAAAAGAUUAAAGAAGCUUUCAAUGUCCAAUAUUGAAACAGCAUCACUAAGAGAUGAGAACAGUGAGAGUGAAAGCGAUUCAGACGACAGGUUUAAAGCUCACACCCAGCGCCUUGUCCACAUCCAGUCAAUGCUGAAGAGGGCCCCUAGUUACCGGACCUUGGAACUGGAACUGAUUGAGUGGCAAGAACGUGAAUUGUUUGAGUAUUUUGUGGUAGUUUCCCUUAGGAAGAAGCCCUCUAAAAAUACCUAUCUCCCUGAAGUCACAUAUCAGUUUCCAAAGCUAGAAAGACCAACGAAGCAAGUCCGUGAAGCAGAAGAACGGCUCAAGGCUAUCCCCCAGUUUUGCUUUCCAGAUGCCAAAGACUGGAACCCAGUGUCAGAAUACAACAGCGAGACGUUCUCUUUCAUGCUGACUGGUGAAGAUGGUAGCAGAAGGUUUGGUUACUGCAGAAGAUUACUACCAAGUGGAAAAGGACCACGCCUACCCGAAGUCUAUUGUGUCAUCAGCCGCCUGGGUUGCUUUGACUUAUUUUCCAAGAUACUGGAUGAAGUUGAAAGGAGGAGGGGAAUAUCUGCUGCCCUGGUUUAUCCAUUUAUGAGAAGCCUGAUGGAGUCUCCUUUUCCUGCACCUGGAAAGACAAUUAAAGUCAAGACAUUCCUGCCUGGAGCUGGAAAUGAGGUGAUAGAGCUUCGACGACCAAUGGACUCUCGUCUGGAGCACGUGGACUUUGAAUGUCUUUUUAAGUGCCUGAGUAUACGACAGAUCAUCAGAAUCUUUGCUUCCCUCCUAUUGGAACGCCGGGUGAUCUUCAUAGCAGAUAAACUCAGCACCCUCUCCAGUUGCUCUCAUGCUGUGGUAGCUCUGCUGUAUCCAUUCUCCUGGCAACACACAUUCAUUCCUGUCCUCCCCUCUUCCAUGAUUGACAUUGUCUGCUGCCCUACUCCGUUUCUGGUGGGCUUGCUGUCCAGCUCACUGCCCAAAUUAAAGGAGCUUCCUGUAGAAGAGGCUUUGAUGGUGAACCUAGGAUCUGAUCGUUUCAUCAGACAGAUGGAUGAUGAAGACACUCUCUUGCCUAGGAAAUUGCAAGCAGCUCUGGAGCAGGCUCUAGAGAGGAAGAAUGAUUUAAUAAACCAGGAUUCAGACAGUGAAUCAGAUGAAGAGUGUAAUACCCUGAGUGGAUUAGUAUCAGAAGUUUUCAUUCGUUUCUUUGUGGAAACCAUUGGCCACUAUUCCCUUUUCCUAACACAAAAUGAGAAGGCUGAGCGAGUCUUCCAAAGGGAAGCCUUCCGCAAAUCUGUAGCUUCGAAGAGCAUCCGGCGUUUCCUCGAGGUCUUUAUGGAAUCUCAAAUGUUUGCUGGGUUUAUCCAAGACAGAGAACUUAGAAAAUGCAGGGCAAAAGGUCUCUUUGAACAGAGGGUUGAACAGUAUUUGGAAGAGCUUCCAGACACUGAACAAAGCGGAGUAAAUAAGUUUCUGCGAGGUCUUGGAAAUAAAAUGAAGUUCCUGCACAAGAAGAAUUGAUUCCUUUCUACUGAAACACGGAUCCAAAGAAUAUUUAUGACACUGGGCACAGACCACCAACUGCAGUUUUCCCCCCCAAUUCUCAUACUGGAGGGGACAAAAUUAGCUGGUCACAAGGUUCAAGUGACUGCAAAUGCUGUUUGUGUACCAGGAAAAAAAAAUGUUUGUAAAUAAUGUGCUGUAAGCAUCCUUAACAAGUUUUUUUGUUUGUCAUGAGCACAGACAACUGUGGUAAUAUUUGUAUAUUCCUGAAAAUAACAGGUGCUUCUUUCUUUUAGUACGGACUGAGUUACGCUUGGUGCAAACUGAAUAGCUAAUUAUGUGCAGCUGACUGUCUCAGCAGAACCACUGACUUCAAUGGAUGUUUGUGAGAGUUAUGUGGUGUAUUGCGGAAGUGAAUGAACUCCAGUGUGGGAAUUGGGGGUGGGCGGGGGGGGGACUAUAUGAAAGAGGAAUGAUUUUUAUAUGACAGAGUUUAUAUUUUUCUCUAGUUUUUCUUCUAAUUCAUUUUUUCAAGGGAAAUAACAUUACUCUGUAAUAAGGUACUUGAUUCACAAUCAUAGAUUAUCUGCUUUCCUUUAAAUGAUGGUCAGUAAAUCGCAAUACAUUCUGCACUACGAUUGCUAAACAUGGAGAAAUCGCCGGCCUUUUGAUAAACAGGCUACAAUCUGGUACAGUCCAUCCUUCCUAAUGUAUGUAUGAUUUCUAAUAAAGUGUGUAAAUACUUGUG